AUAUGGAGGUUGCCCGUGAUGUCAGGAAAUGCAGCGACUGUAAAUGGGCCAGCGCCCCUCAGGAGCCGGCAGUGUCGUUCCUUCCGAACUGUCGGGAAGGCGAGCCCCACGUGGCUGAGCCUGGCUGUGAGCCCUUUUCUGAGGAAAGCCUGAGCACCGAGGAGACCACGGCAGCCGACCCAGAGAGCUCGCAGCAGAAGCAGCCCAAGGUGCACAAGGGCCUGAGCCUCUCGCAGAAGGCCGUGGGCGUCGUGGAUUCGUUCGUUAAGGACGUCUUCGAGCGCAUCGCCGACGAGGCCGCUCGGCUGGCUCGCUCCACCAAGGGCUCCAACAAGCACUCCACCAUCAGCUCCAGGGAGAUCCAGACAGCCGUGCGCCUGCUGCUGCCCGGGGAGAUCG